GCCGUUGCUGCUGCUGCUGCUUGACCCCCCUCGUCUCCGCUCCUUCUCAUCCUCCAACUCAUCACCUCUCAGCCAUUGUCCCUUGUCAUCAUGGCUGCUACUCGCUCCUUGAUGCGGCUGGGCACCGGUCGUGCCUUGUCCUCCGCCACCCGGUCGUCCGUCCGUGCUUUCUCCUCGACUGUGUUGAAGGCCUCGUCGACCCCGGUCACCGAUCAUGUCCCCAACAUGCGCCACGCCCAGCGCUCUCCUGAGGGAGCUCUGCGCGCCCCCGUCGUCAACCCGGCCGACAAGCACCACGACAAGGCGGAGGGCCUGCACAAGUACGGGCAGUACAUCAUGUCGUGCCUGCCCAAGCACGUGCAGCAGUUCUCGGUGUGGAAGGACGAGCUGUGCAUCUACGUGCCGCCCUCGGGCCUGAUCCCGACGAUGACCUUCCUGAAAUACCACACGGCGGCCGAGUACACCCAGAUCUCCGACAUCACGGGUGUCGACUUCCCGACCCGUGACCAGCGCUUCGAGGUCGUCUACAACAUGCUCAGCGUCCGCUAUAACUCGCGCAUCCGCGUCAAGACCUACGCCGACGAGGCCAGCCCCGUGCCCAGCGUGACGGGCCUGUUCGAGGGCGCCCUCUGGUACGAGCGCGAGGUGUAUGACAUGUUCGGCGUCUUCUUCACCGGCCACCCGGAUCUCCGCCGCAUCAUGACCGACUACGGCUUCGACGGCCACCCGCUGCGCAAGGACUUCCCCUUGACCGGCUACACGGAGCUGCGGUGGGACGAGGAGAAGAAGCGGAUCGUCAUCGAGCCGCUCGAGUUGACACAGGCCUUCCGGAACUUCGAGGGCGGCACCACCGCCUGGGAGCCUGUUGGUCCGGGUACGAACCGGACUCCUGAGUCGUUCAAACUCCCUACUCCCAAGCCGGAGCCCCCCAAGGAGGAGGAAAAGAAAUAGGAGGCUUAGCUUAGAUGGUUUUUUCUUUUCUAAUUUGUUCUGUCUGUACAUAUCGCGUCUAUGUCUGAAUUAUUUGUGACGUUGAUGUUCGACCACCGUUU